CACGAGUAGCCUAUUGAUUGGAGACUUCAGUCCCAAGACCACAACGAAGGAACGCACUUUGAUCAAGAAUUGGUGGGCCCUUCACAGCUUGCUGAUGUUCGAGGAAUUCCAAUUUCGGAAGCCCAACAUGGAGGAAUGUCGCAUCAUCUUGGAGAGCUUCAACGAAUACUUUAAGGGCCUGGCGUUCCGGCCUGCAGAUCCAGACGCUGAGACUACUGGGCAUGAUUUGGUCAAAACUGCCAAGAACCUGCAAAAGCUUUGGUCUGGACUGCGGAGGAAGUGGCAAAACUCUUCUCACUCGUCCAGAUCUGUGUGGGUCCAGCUUUUGAAGGAUCAGAUGAGGACGAACGCGCCGCCGCAACAACCAGAUCUCGACGCAGAGACUGACAAGUUGGGGGGAUCAUCUGACGAGUCUUCGAACACGACUGAUGGCAUUCCUGAAAAUUUCAUGGGUGAAGAACCCAGGCCUGCCUACAGUGGAAGUGAAGACUCCGAUUGCAAAACCGACUUCACGGAUGUGGACCAGGUGGAGUCUGACGCUGAUGUGGAGAAACGGGUGGAGUCUGAGCAUUCCGACAAGGCUAGCGAUGUGGGGAGCGACAUUUGGAAGUCCAUGGGUGUGGAGGAGCCCUCUCCCUGUAAACAUGAUACAGACUCAGAACGUGAAGCUACCGCGGCCCUUGCGUUGACUGCUGAAGCUUUGGCCAUCUACAACUCGGAGGAGCCCUAA